AUGCAAGAAGAUAACAAAAGCAUCUGGAAUCCUGCGUUUAUGAAGAAUGUGCAGCAACAGCAAGGAUCACAACCUUAUGUGUUCAGGAACCCCUGGAAUGACUCAAAUAGCGGAUCAGCUAGCAGAAGUGGAGCGGCGGCGGCGUCGACAACAUUCAGCCAGCAACUUCCAACGACCUAUGAAGAAGGAACGCAAUCUGCAGAAGGGGAUGAGUAUCAAUUUCGCAGGCGGAACUCUAGCCUCAUAGUCCCACCUAGCAGAGCUGCAGGACCAGGCCCAGAUGCCUUUCUGUAUGGUUCGCAAGCGUUUCCACAGCAGAACUUUCAAUACUCGCAGGAUUUCCACAGAAGACAAUCGGUUGCAGUUGCAGCUUCACAUCUCUACUCUCAGCCGUCAUCUGAAGCUGUAUUCCAACCCCCCACAACACCUUUUCAUCGAAAGUUAAGUGCUUAUCCUGUUACGGCAGGGUCCGUACUACCUCCGCCAUUGAAGCAACUACGAAGACAGGAAAACACGUUGCCAUUGGUCAUUCCUCAAAUGCGCAAAGUUUCCUCACGCCAAGAUCUCCAUCCAAUUGUAAAUCCUACACCAAAGUACAGACGAGCAUCUCUGAAUUCCAAAACUGUCUCUCCUCUAAUUGCAUUGACAGAAUCAUUAAUAACUACAUACACCUUGUGCUCCUCGGAAUUUUCAUAUCAAACCUCUAAAAACCCUAAGCGUGUGCUAACGAAACCUAGCGAGGGCAAACAUAAUAAUGGGAACGAUAACGUGAACAGCGACUACAUCCUUUAUGUUAAUGACGUGCUUGGAGUAGAGCAAAAUAGGAAAUACCUCGUUCUUGACAUUCUUGGACAGGGAACGUUUGGCCAAGUUGUCAAAUGUCAAAACCUAAUCACAAAGGAGAUUUUAGCCGUUAAGGUGGUUAAAUCUAAAAGUGAAUAUUUGAACCAAAGUAUUACAGAAGCGAAAAUUCUGGAAUUACUUAAUACUAAGAUUGACCCACUCAAUGAGCACCACUUUUUGCGAAUGCACGAAACAUUUGUUCAUAAAAACCAUCUUUGUUUGGUAUUUGAGCUUCUAAGCAAUAAUCUAUAUGAACUCUUGAAACAAAAUCAAUUUCAUGGGCUCUCAAUUAAUUUAAUAAGGACUUUUGCGCGCCAGCUGUUGGAUUCUCUGUGUGUUCUGAAGGACAAUAAACUGAUUCACUGCGAUUUGAAACCCGAGAAUAUUUUACUAGUUUCACUUGACAGACCCGAUUUGAAAGUGAUUGAUUUUGGUUCCGCAUGCGAUGAGACUAGAACUAUUUAUACUUAUAUUCAAUCGAGGUUUUAUAGGGCACCUGAAGUGAUACUGGGUAUACCUUAUUCUACGAGCAUAGACAUGUGGUCAUUGGGUUGUAUUAUUGCGGAGCUGUUUCUGGGAAUUCCGAUCUUUCCUGGGUCUUCAGAAUUGAAUCAAAUCACGAGAAUCGUCACUACACUGGGUCUACCACCGACGUGGAUGCUGGAUAUGGGAAAAAAUUCAACUAAUUUCUUAUUGAAAUCGGAAGGUAGUGGCAAAUCUUGGCGUCUAAAAUCGGUUAACGAAUAUAAUAAAGAGUUUCAGGCACAAGAACAACCCGGCAAACAAUAUUUCAAGUGGGACAAACUCGACGAUAUCAUAAAGAACUACCGCAUUCCAAAGAAAAUAGCGAAUUCUCCGCCCUUGGUAGAGAGAGAAAUGCAUGAUCGGGAUUGUCUGACAAAUUUCCUCAAGGGACUGCUCAAUAUUAACCCGCUAGAAAGGUGGACGCCACAACAGGCAAAUAUGCAUCCCUUUAUAACACAACAGCCAUUUACUGGGGAAUGGUAUCCUCCGGGGACGCAGCCCAAAAGGACCAUCAAACACCCUUCUUUGCAAGAGGGAACCACUACAGAAUUCAAUAAACUGACAAUAGACGAUUGA